AUGGCAGGAGAGGUAGUAGUAGAUGCUUUGCCAUAUAUUGAUCAAGGGUACGAUGAACCAGGAGUACGAGAAGCGGCUUUCGCAAUGGUAGAAGAAGAAUGUAGAAGAUACCGCCCAACAAAGAAUUACUUGGAGCAUCUACCUCCCUUAAAUAUAUCAUCCUUUGAAACACCGAUAAUGCACAAUGAAUUUGAAAGGUUACAAAAUCGUUUGCCAAUGGAAACACUUUCGAUGAAACGUUACGAAUUACCUCCACCACCAAGUGGUAAAUUAAACGAAGUAGGAGCUUGGAAUGAAUGUGUAGAUAACUCUCAAGCACAAUUAGAACACCAGGCUGUUCGAAUAUUAAACUUACAACUCAUGUUAGAAUAUUGUUGUCCGGCUUGGCAAAGGUACCUACAAACUUUAACUGACUUGGAAAAAAUAUCAUCUAAAAAAUUGGCGGAAUUGCGGCAGCAACUCCAGGAAGUUAAUUGGCAAAGGAAAUCUUUACAAACGAAAGGAGGUGAUCAACUGAAAGCUCUAGAGACCAAGUGGGUAACAUUGGUAUCACAUAAUUAUGAAAUAGAACAAGCUUGCUGUAUGGCUGAAGAUUACAUUUCUCAAGUCAAACAAAAUCCUAGUAUUCUGAAGUACAAACAACAUCAAGAAGCUGGUGCUUAA